UGUACGUUCGAAAAGCCAAUCCAGUAACAAAUACCUAUUUUGUCUUUUCUAAAACACAUAAAACGGAAGUUGAGUUGGGAGCAAUGGAGUGAAGAUUGAAGACGUGAUAGAAGAUGGACGACUACUGCUAUGCUAAGAUGGCGACGUCACGUAAAAGAGAACAUGAAAGAGAAUCAGCGCCACCAACUUCCAGCAAAUCACCAACGGAGAAAAAGAUAAAAACCGAAGAUGAAGACAUCCAGCAGCUGAUUAGUUAUCCAGAGGUACUUCCCACUGAGUCCUGGGUGGGGCGCUGGACUCUGAUGCAGGAGGAUGCACAGCCCCCCCACAUCAAAAAGGAAGAGGAGGAACUUUCGAUCCCUCAGGAGGGAGAGUGUCUUCUAAGGCCGGAGGAAGCUGAUCCCACCAAGUCGCCAGUGACUGUUGUCUCUGUGAAGACUGAAGAUGAUGAAGAGAAACCACCUGAGACCUUUCGUUGGUUGUGUCCUGCAGACAACCAGCAGCUGAGUAGUCAUCAAGAAGAACUUCCCUCUCAGCUGCAGUGGGUUGAUUCUAAUCUGAAGCAAGAGGAUCCACAGUCACCCCAAAUUAAAGAGGAAGAGGGGGAACUCUGGAUCACUCAAGAGGGAGAGUGUCUUCUAGGGACGCAGGAAGCUGAUCUCAACAAGUUGCCACUGACGGUUGUCACUGUGAAGACUGAAGAUGAUGAAGAGAAACCACUAAUUGGUCAUCCAGAAGAACCUCCACCUCAGCUGCAGAUUGAGGGCUCCACUUUGAAGCAAGAGCGUCCCUGGUCCCCCCACUUUAAAGAGAAAAAGAAGGAAUUCUGCAUAAAGCAAGUAGCUGGUCUCACCAAGUCGCCACUGACCGUCUCUGUGAAGACUGAGGUUGAUGAAGAGAAACCACCUGGGACCUUUCGUUGGUUGUGUCCUGGAGACAACCAGCAGCUGAGUAGUCAUCAAGAAGAACUUCCCUCUCAGCUGCAGUGGGUUGAUUCUAAUCUGAAGCAAGAAGAUCCACCGUCACCCCAAAUUAAAGAGGAAGAAGAGCAAUUCUGGAUCACUCAGGAGGGAGAGUGUCUUCUAGGGACGCGGGAAGCUGAUCUCAACAAGUUGCCACUGACUGUUGUCUCUGUGAAGAUUGAAGAUGAUGAAGAGAAACCACAACCAGACAAAUUCUUAGCUCCACUAUCAGAUAGUGAGUCUGAAGACGACGUUGAAGAAUCUUUGAGCAGCGAUACAGACUUUGAAGGUGAUAUGAGGACUCACGCUGACAACAAACAUUCUAAAUGCUCUAAAGUGAAACCCACAGGAGAAAAGCCAUUUAAUUGUUCAGUUUGUGCUAAAAACUUCACUCAAAAAAGCAGUUUGACUGAACACAUGAGAACACACACAGGAGAAAAACCAUUUAAUUGUUCAGCUUGUGCUAAAAACUUCACUCACAGGAGCAGUUUGGCUCAACACAUGAGAACACACACAGGAGAAAAAACAUUUAAUUGUUCGGCUUGUGCGAAAAACUUUACUCACCAGUCCAGUCUGAUUCAACACAUGAGGACACACACGGGAGAAAAACCAUUUAAUUGUUCAGCUUGUGCUAAAAACUUCACUCACAGGAGCAGUUUGAAUCAACACAUGAGACGACACACAGGAGAAAAACCAUUUAAUUGUUCAGCUUGUGAUAAAAACUUUACUCUCAAGAUCGGUCUGAUUGAACACAUGAGAACACACACAGGAGAAAAGCCAUUUAAUUGUUCAGUUUGUGGUAAAGGCUUUUUUCGAAAGAGCCAUUUGACUGAACACGUGACAACACACUCAGGAGAAAAAUCAUUUAAUUGUUCAGUUUGUGCUAAAAACUUUACUCAAAAAAGCAGUUUGACUCAACACAUGAGAACACACACAGGAGAAAAACCAUUUAGUUGUCCAGCGUGUGCUAAAACCUUCACUCACAGGAGCAGUUUGACUCAACACAUGAGAACACACACAGGAGAACAACCAUUUAAUUGUUCAGCUUGUGAUAAAAACUUUACCCACAGGAGCAGUUGGGCUGGACACAUGAGAACACAUACAGGAGAAAAAAAAUUUAAAUGUUCAGUUUGUCUUAAAAACUUUGCUCUCAAGAGCAGUUUGACUGAACACAUGAGAACACACACAGGAGAAAAACCAUUUAGUUGUUCACUUUGCGACAAAAGCUUUAGUCAAAAGAGUAAUAUGGCUCAACACAUGAAAACACACACAGGAGAAAAAACGUUUAAUUGUUUAGUUUGUGGUAAAACCUUUUCUCGAAAGGGUAAUUUGACCACCCACAUGACAACACACAAGAGAAAAGACAUUUAAUUGAUUUGUUUGUGAUAAAGGCUUUUUCAAGAGAAAGCCUUGCCUGUACACAUUGGUGUUGAGUUUGGAGGGAAAACUAUUUUUUUAGUGCACCUUAUAUUCCAAAAAAUACGGUAUUUAACCAAGUUUUUUAUAUCAAAAUAAAUAAAUAGACACACAAUAAACUUUCUUUGGCAGAAGAAACAUAAAAUAUUGUUCAGACUUCUUAAGAGACAUAUAUCAUUUAAAUUUAAAUUGCUUGAGUAUUUUUAGUUUCUUCUGUUUUACUUUGUAAAGGUUGUAGAGUGUUUAUUAAAGUGUGGUUCAACUCAUACUGACUGGUACACACAAGCUAUGGAGAUUAUAUCAGUAGAAAAAACUGUAUUUAGUGUAGAUAAUAAUGAGUCAUAUAUUGGAAUAUGGGAUUCUGUCAUAACUUGGUCUUAGGCGUGGUUUGCUCUCCCGUGGUGCAAAAGAAUUGGAACGGGCGUGGCGUGCAGGUAAAGACAUAGUUUAAUUAUUACUAUAAACUCAAACAAAAGGUACAAACAAAAGGCGCUCACAGCGGAGGUAAAAAACUUGACUAGAAAAACAAAGGGCGCGCACAAUGGCGGAGAACUAUGAACAUUAAACAAACAACAACUUACGUGACAAGAGAUGAAACAAGAACUAACGUGACAAGGAACUGUGGACAUGGCAUGAAUGGGUGAUGUCGCCAGGACGAACAACAGAAACAGAAAAGCCUAUAUAGUGACAUGAUAAGUGAAAACAGGUGCGUGACUAACUGUGAACAGGUGCGUGACAUGACAAUGUGAAAACGUGAGACAGGUGUGUGUGAGUCCAAACGUGGAACAGGUGAAACUAAUGAGUAACCAUGGAAACAAAACAAAACCAGGAAGUGAAACCAGGAACUAAGGAAGUGUCCAAAAAACAAAACAGCACAUGGCCAAACAAAAACAUGAACACAGACAUGACAGGAUUCAUUAUUUUUUAUUUGUUUUUAUUUAUCUUUGUGGAAAAUAUUGGACACAAUGUGUUGUCAAAUGUAUGAGAUGCGAUGCACGUGUAAGCCACUGUGACACUAUUGUUCAUUUUUUAAAUGUUUUUAUUACAUUUUUUAUAAACGGCUGUGAUGAUCAUGCAAAUCAGGGGUUUCUAAUCACUGCUAUGUUGGAAUUCUUCUUAAUAUUGAUACUGUUGUUGAUGUUAUUCAUUUUUGUUUGACUACUUUUGGAUUGUUUUGUGUCAUGUUUGUGUGUCCUCAAUCGCUCUGUUUAUUGCAGUUCUGAAUGUUGCUGGGUCAGGUUUGGUUUUGGAAUUGGAAUUGUAUUAUUGUGUAUAAUUUUGUUGGAUUGAUUAAUUAAAAAAAAUUAACAACAG